UCGAGUCUAUCGAUUCAUCGAAGCACCGUUUCCAGUUGUUAACCGUUCCCGAACAUUACAACUAUUUUCGAUUCAAGACAGAGAGGGAUUGCUGAAUUAACAGAUGGACAGGAUGAAUAAUUCUACGAUUUCUCAGAGCUUAUCGAUUGAUUCUACGGAAAAAAAUAAUUUCAUGUCAACGAGUGGAGUCGUUAGCUCUUUGGCAAUCUUCAAGGCUGUCUUGGCUGUCCUGGUUGCAGUGCUGUCCCUAGUCGGCAACACCAUCGUCAUCUUUGUGGUUUUUACCACCAAAAAAUUGCAUGCCAACACCUAUUUUCUCAUCGUAAACAUGAGUAUCAGCGAUUUGCUCUACACAGCCGUUGCCAUUGAGCCUUUUAUCGCCGGCAUUCUUGAACGCCCCUUCCCUUUUCGCGGUUCUUGGGGAACAUUCAUUUGCAAAUUUGUAAACGCGAUGGGGUUCGGUAUGAUUGCUAGCUCCGUAUUGACACUGGCAGCCAUCGCUUACGAUCGCUUCUUCGCCAUUGUUUUCCCACUGAAAAAUCUGAAGAAUAAGACUUAUCUAAAAUGGAUCGUCGCAUCAAUCUGGCUGUGUUCUGCCCUGGUUAUGUCGCCGAUGAUGUACGCCAUGCGACUGCAUGAAGAUAACAAUACCUCUUACUGCUACGAAGACUGGUCGCCCUAUUUUGACACAGAUAUGGCCGCCAAAACAUACACUGUUAUAUUGUUUGUUGUAAUUUACUCGAUUCCGUUCCUGACCAUGUUCAUAUUUUACUCACUUAUGUCCUACAUUUUAUGGUUUCGUAAAAUCCCCGGCAUUUCUGACGAAAUCACCCGGCAGCGUAUUGUGUCAGGAAGACGCAAAGUGGUUCGAAUGCUCAUUUUUAUCCUUGUGUGUUUUAUACUAUGUUGGUUGCCACUACAAAUAUCCACAUUUUCUGUUUAUUUCGGCGACGCUGAAUUUCCUUUUGAAUUCUUCUUUGCCUGCGAAUUUUUGAUAAGAGCCAACGGGGCUAUUAACCCAAUUAUCUACGUUGUGUUCAAUGAAAAUUUUCGUCGUGGGUUUAAGAGAGUUCUGUAUAUGGGUUGUAGGUCAAAAUUAAACGUUCCUAUUUAUGUUUCGGCAAAAACAAAUUUCCUCUCACUGACGAGCAGUAAACAAUCUAAUCAGGCCAGCUCUAACCAAAGGUUGCUGUAUUUAAGGGAGACAGUAGUAUAGCUUCAAGGGAAAGUUUUAUUGUACAAAUUUCAACCGAUGGUAAUAAUUUCUUCUCACUAAAAAUUAACCGGUAUACUGCGUAUUUCUCUGUACCAAACGAUGCUCAGUUUUUAAUUUUCCAAUGCAUAAAACCUGAGAUGUGUCUUCUAGUUUUUCGCAAUUUGUAUAAAUCGAGUAUUUUACCACAAUUGGCUGCAAUGUCGCAGUUUUUUUGACCACUGUGAUGACGAAUGUCGUUGUCGAUAAGAGUGUAGACCAAGCUAAACCACUAUCGAAUUGUUAAACCUACUAAGUACAGGAACGAAUCGACUCAAGUGAAACGAUUAUGCGUCGAUGUAAAUAGAAUCUCAUUAGAGUAGUGUGCUUUGAGACAUUAGGCUAAAAAUGUAGAAAAGUAGAUAAACCUUGGUGAAACUAAUACUAAGUAUCUCUGAGCUAUGAGAGUAUAUUUGACGAAUCCAAAACGUCGUAACAAUUUUGAUUUCCACCAUUUUUUUAAAUUUAAUUUUAGCUUCAUCAGGCAUUUUGUUAUAUGUAUUAAGAUACAAAUAGACUAAGCAGACUUCAGUUGUUGACCUAAGUUGGACUUGUUUUGAUCUAAUUCGUGGCAAAUAUUUACAUAGAGUCAAUUAAGUAAUGUUAAUGAUUA